CAAGCACAAGCAAGUGUAAUUUUAAUAGAAAACACAUGUUAUCUGAAAAUUAAUGUAGUACUUCCUCACAAGUAUGCUACUGACUGAGAAAUUUUGUAUUCAUCAAUUCUUGGGUCAAAGUUAUAAUGCAAAAAAAGACCACUUAACCAUUCAUACCGCCAUUAAUGACAGCAAUAAUUCAUUAUGGUGAACAAUCAAUAUGUAUGUCCUAAACUCCUAAAAUUUCAUACAUGUUCUGAUGCUUUCCAUAUUAGUCAAACAAAAGAGCACGAAAGAUUUAAAUAUGCCUCAGUGCAUACCAACGCAAUCAGACAUUGUUAAACUGUAUCCCAUUUGGACUCUUUCGUAUUCUCAAGCCAUUCCUUAUAUGCUAUCACCAUUCAUUUAUUAUUUGCUUUUUUUAUUAGUUUUAAAACUUAUUAUGGUACGGCAAUUGUCAUUAAGCUCUACAGCAAGUACGGCGAUCGUCUUCGGUAUUGCCUACUAUCUUUAUCAUUUGCAACAGCAGCAACAGAAGAAGACCAGAAAUGUUGGAUCAUUACCACCGCGUGCGCCAGGUUAUAUACCAAUCAUUGGGCAUUUAUUACAGCUCGUAAAACCGUUUCCAAUCCAAGAAUUGUUUUAUCAAUGGAGCCGUCAAGUAGGGCCUGUAUUUAUGUGUCAUUUCGGUACCCAACGAUGGCUUAUCUUGAACUCUUUUGAAGCAAUCAAAGAUUUGAUCGUGGAUCGCGGUACUAUUUAUUCUUCAAGAAAAUUGCCCGAUACUCUUGUCUAUGACGCUAUGCAAGGAGAGGAAGGUGGAGGUUUCGCUUUUUUCCCGUAUGGCACGAGUUGGCGUCGAUUGCGCCGUAUCGCACAUGGUGGGCUUGUUAAAAACAAAAUUGAUGAAUAUCAGCCUAUUCUCGACGACCGUCGUAUUGUGCUUUUGUCUCAUCUGCACAACCUUAGCCAAGAUGCGAAAGCUAAUCUUAACAAAGGUGUUUGCUUAACAAACUUUAUUGAACACUAUACAAUGACAGCUAUUCUUGCAAUAGCCUUUGGUGACAUGUGUAACUUUGAACCCAAUGAUCCCGUUUUACAUAAAGCGUUUGCUAUUACAGAACGCGCUGCUAGUACUAUGAGUCCUGCUGACCAGCUACGAGAAUUUUUCCCUAUCUUGAAGGUGAUAUGGCCAGUGAAACGAGAAAAGUAUUUCAGAGUGAGGAAUGACUCUACAGAGUUUUAUGGUAAACUGUUGGAAAAAUUCAAAAAAACCAUGGAGACGUACGGUGAGGACGCUGUUCAGGAUUGCUUCGUGAAAGAGGUGUUCAAGUUGAACGAAUUGACAGAUUUGCAAAUCAUGAAUUUUAUUGGAAUUUUUGUGGGAGCCGGAUCAGAGACUACAGCUUCAACUUUGGAAUGGCUGGUUGCGUUCUUGGCAAAUAACCCUGAAGUUCAACGUAAGGCAUUUGAAGAAAUCAAGCAAGUUGUUGGAACAGACAGACUUCCAGGUUCAUGUGAUGAGCCGCAUCUUCCAUAUUUACAAUGCAUUAUACUGGAAACACUACGACUUCGCCCUCCUGCUCCUAUUGCUAUUCCCCAUUCCACAACCAAAGACGAUGUAUACAAAAAUUGGGUCAUUCCUCAAGAUACCAUUGUCGUUUUAAAUCUUUAUGCUGCGCAUCAAGACAGUAAACGCUUCGCCAACCCAAAGCUAUUCAACCCUGACCGCCAUAUGCCAUAUGUGAAAGAAACGCUGAACCAGCAAAGAAAGACAUUUGCACAAUCUAUUGAGGAUCGGCCCCACCUAAGUUUCUCCACUGGUCGUCGUGUAUGUGUUGGUAUUCAUCUUGCAGAACGUAGUUUGUUCAUGGCCGCCUCUAUGCUCGUUUCAUGUUUCAAGAUAGAUUAUGUUGGUAAACCAAUUCCCGUGGAUUCACAGAAGGAUAUCCGUGCACCUACAUGGACACCUGCUUCUUAUCGUGUUUGUUUAACACCACGACAUGAAAAUGUUGGACGCUUCUAUUAAUAAUUCCUUUUUCAAUCCACUUGAGGUUCUCAAAAAUUAAUAUAUCAUUUUUAUUAUUUCCUUUUUAAUAUCUGUAUUUAAUGAAAAGCUAAGGCAAUAAAAAUAGCAAAUAAGAGAGUGGGGCGGAAGAUAGUUG